UGAACCUUUGUUGCAGCGGCCGAUUCAGCCCAUUCAUAAGAUAACGAGGGUAGACGGGCAGAGGACGGGGUAGAUUAGUAUGAACGUGCGGUCUGUCCAGGGUAAUCCCGCCCACGGGUCAAUCAAUGUAAGGCAGCCGGACGAAAGAAGGGUCCGCUUGAGCCCCUCAUUUUCCCGAUCACCACCUGCUACAUACCUGACAGCGCGGAUUAAGCUCCGAACCUCAUCAAUGCAUCAAGUAGUGUAGCGAAACCACCUCGCCAUCUCUCUCCAAGACACAGCGCAUGGCGGCUUCUCUCAAAUACGUGCUGCAUUACUAUGGGUCCCAGAGCCUCCUCCAGAGACUCGGGGUGUGGAGAGUAGAUCCUGCAAGGAAGGGCAAAUACUGGGUUGUUUAUAUCCAUGGCGGCGCAUGGCGCGACCCACGCGUCACGCACGAGAGUUUCAUGCCGAGCAUUGACUGGAUACUCAAAACGUCACCAGCGGCGACAGACAAUGUGGGCGACAAUAGUAGGGAUAGUACUUCGAAUGCGAUAGCUGGGUUCGCAUCCAUCGAUUACCGGCUAAGCCCGCACCCCCAGUUCCCGCAGGACCCGGCCAAAACGCCUCCGGACCAGUACCGUGGGGCUCGGCAUCCCGAUCACAUCGACGAUGUGCGGUCCGCGCUGGUCUUCUUACAGCGGACUUAUGGUUUCGGAGGCGACUACGUAUUGGUGGGACACUCGGCAGGCGCCGCCCUAGCGUUCCAGUUGCUGACUACUUCGUCUCCUUCCGCGACGGCCACAGAGCAUCCGGUCCCCCCGGCUGCCAUAGUAGGCUUUGAGGGGCUCUACGAUUUCACGGCCGUCGACGCGCGGUACGGUGGAGCCUACGCGACGUUCCUCCGUGGUGCGUUUGGCGAUGAUCCUGAGAACUGGGACGCCGCCGCGCCCAUCAAGUUCACUGGAAACUACGCAGAAAAUUGGCCUGGUGGGAAGUUUAUCUUGCUUGGCUGGUCGCCUGAUGAUACCCUUGUCGACGAACCUGAGGCGGAUAAUAUGGCGCGGCGGUUAAGAGACGUUGACGGCUUUGUGAACGAGGGCCAGGGGGGAGAGCUUGGGGAGAAGACGUUGCUGCUGCUGAAGGAUGUACGGGGCGACCAUGACGAGAUUUGGAGGAGCGGCGAACAUGUUAGUCGAAUGGUUUGGAUUGCGCUUCGGACGUUGGGGACUGAGUUGUAAUGCAAUGUACUGUAUAUCUGCAUAGCCAGGCUGGC